AACAAAAAUUCUGAUCGGAAAAUAAGUUUGAGAUUCCCAGCUCGAGAUCGGCCCAUGUAGUGGUCCGCUGCCAACUUCUCUGGAAAGCCCAAAUUUCUGGAAGAUAUAGAUACUUUCUCAUCUCGACAAACGAUCCUUCCUCAGCCUUCACCCAACGGGAAGUUGCCACGUUCCGCAACUCCACGUCAUAUCACUGCCAGUGCGACCACAUUUUUUUACCCAGCACCACAAUCAGCCAGCCAGUAACUAAACUGAAAGCUCCGCGUCUUAACCCAACCACAGUUGUAGCAGUAACCACUAACCACUCUCUUCUUCUCCAGUUCCUCCAUCGCGUCUUCCGAUAGGCCCUUCCUUCCUUCCUUCGAAGCACAGACACCAAAAAAGCUCCAACCAGAUCUCUUCCUUCUCCUGUGACAAUGGCGGAAGCUGCAGCCACCGGUCCCCUCUCUCUCUCCGAGCAAUACUUGUUGAAGGAGAAAGAGGAGAAGCCAGUUGUGGAUGUGAAGCCUGUGGACGUUAAAGAAGAAUCAGCUCCUGCUCCUGCUGUUUCUGUGGAAUCUGUUACAGAGAAAGCUGUGGAGAUAGGUGAAGCCAUCGUCGAGAAAGCGGUUGAAACAACAGAAGCUGUUGCAGAGAAGGCUGUAGAGAUAACUGAAGCUGUUGUCGAGGGUAAAACUGAAGAUACACCUGUUGCUACUGAAGAACCCACUAAAGAUACUCCUGCUGCUGCUAAAACUGGUUCUGAUGAUGCUCCUCCUGCUGCAUCUGAAGAAAUUACUGAACCAACCACAGAAGAAGUUGCUGAGGUGGCCCCUGAAAUAAAGCUUGAGACUGCACCGGCAGAUUUCCGUUUCCCCACCACAAACCAAACAAGACACUGCUUUACCCGCUAUAUUGAGUUCCACAGAUGCGUGGCUGCUAAAGGAGAAGAUGCUCAGGACUGCCAGAAAUAUGCGAAAUAUUACCGUUCACUUUGCCCCAGCGAAUGGGUUGAUAGAUGGAAUGAGCAGAGGGAGAAUGGUACAUUCCCUGGUCCUCUUUAAAUGGGAACCUCUCAAGAGGCAUAUCGGGUGCUUGUUCAUCUCUGUAAGACUUUAGUUCUGAAUCAUUGUUAGGGAGUGCCUAUCUGAAUGUUAGAGAGGCAACAAUAAUGAAUUUUUUUACGCGUCGAAUUCAAACUUUUAGUGCCAACAUGGACUUGGCACUGCUCAAGAGGCUAGACGUGCACUUGCUCUCAUCAUCUUUACAUGGUGAGAAAUUUUUCAUGUACGUACGUAACUGCUACUUGGUUUUAGCGGGUACCGAAACUACUUGUUACAAUCUAAAGGCAGAAUCGGUGAUGCAGAAUUACUUGGUUACGUAAUAAAAGAUACUAUACUGCUACAUUUCUUGCAAAUGCAGUAUGCUUGUGGCAGGAGUUUGGUUGGUUACCUGGGUUGAGAAUUCAUAAUGGCUGUCUAUCAUGUGUUGAUGUAUUUGUGGCGGCAUUUUUCAGCUUGCUUGAUCUUUGUUAUUUCUUCUAUGAUUUUGCUUUAAGGUCUGGAAUUAGAGAUUUAAAUCCGAAUCUGUAAUUGUGCUCUGGUGGAUGAAGACAGAGUGCAGUACUAGGAUAUUGGGAUGUUUCAACUUUUGAGCUCAUCCUAGGUGUUAAUGGUGAGGCAGAAAUGCAACGCGGCCACAAUAUUAACUGGGAUUAUAGGGUUAUAUUUGAGGUAUCGCCCAUUGAAAUCGAAAACAAUUCCUGAUUGCAAUCGUUUGAUAAUUGAUAGCACUUCGAU